UUCGGUCUUCAGUCCCAUAUUGAUUCGUGGAGAGUCACCGUCGGUUUCAGUCAGGCUAAAAUCAAGGAGCCAGCCGUUUGUUGGUGGCGUACUACAUCGGGAACGGUGCGAUUUUCACGCGGUGGCUGCAUGGCCGCACGCGUUCACUCACGUCCUGUUCCGGUCCUGCGAGGAAGAUGUCGUUUAGCAUAAUUUCGACUGUACAAAGACGAAGGACCACAUAAUAAAAUCCACAGUGACUUUCAGCAAAUGACUUGACUGGCAAAAUCAACCAAAUGAAUAAAUCAAACACUGAUUGCAAUGGACCAAUACAAAUGAGUGACAUUUCUGUGAUAGACAACAAACCCUGGAAGUGUUCCGAGGCCAACAACGGUUACUUAAAAUCAAAAACAGGUGCCGAAGAAUCACUUCUAGAUAGCAGCGCAGUUAGUACCGUCGUACAAGUGGCGGGUAGCGGCACGAAAACGAUGGUGGUGCCCAGAACGAAGCCGGCAAAGGAAAAAUGUUUGUUCGCCACCGUUCUAGCCCUCAUCAUAUUCUGCGGCGUUCUCGUGUUCAUCAUCGUGGGCAGCAAAGCACCGCAUUGCUUCGACACGAGACGGUCCGUCUGUCUAACCGAAGAAUGCGUCAGAACGGCGUCAUCCCUGCUGUCUGCGAUGGACCACACGGCGGACCCUUGUGUGGAUUUUUUUCAAUACGCCUGCGGCACGUGGAAUAAAAAGCACCCCAUCCCCGAAGACAGAAGUUCCAUAAGCACUUUCGAAGUUAUGGCUGAUCAACUUCAACUAAUACUUAAAGGUGUGUUGGAGGAGCCGAUCAACUUGGAGGACAACGACGCCACCAGAAAGGCUAAGACUUUUUACAACACCUGCAUGGAUAUUUUCCAGAUUCGUAAAAUUGGCGAUGGUCCCCUGCGAGAAGUUCUGGACAAGCUGGGCGGAUGGCCGGUGACGAGGGGUCCCGAUUGGACGCCGCCAGCCUUCUCCAUCGAGACGUUGAUGGGACGGAUACGCGGCAUAUACAACGAGGGCGUGCUGGUCGAAACGUGGGUCGGACCGGACGACAAAAACUCCUCCGUUAACAUCAUCCAGAUGGACCAGAUGCAGCUGGCACUCCCCAGCAGGGACUACUACUUAAAGAAGAGCAGCGAGGGCGACAUGAACGCUUACCACAAAUACAUGACCAACAUCGCCGUACUUCUUGGCGCCAACAAAACAACCGCAGGCGAUGAACUGAAGCAGCUCGUCGAGUUCGAACGAAAAUUGGCUAAUGCUUCUUUACCAGAGCAAGAUAGACAUGACACCAGCGUGAUCUAUAAGAAACUCACGUUGGAGGAGUUGCAAAAAAUUGUGCCCCAGAUCAACUGGCUGGAAUACUUGAACUCGUUUUUGGACGUGGAUCUGAUCGACCAAGAACCUGUCGUCGCUUACGGAUUGUCUUACUUUCAGGAAAUGGGCAAAAUCCUUGCUGAAACUGACAGGAGAGUUAUUCACAAUUAUGCACUGUGGCGUUUGAUCAUGUCUCUUUCACCACACCUAAUCGACGAUUACCAAAAGGAGCGGGUGGAAUUCCGCAAAAUCCUCCAAGGUGUCCUCAGUGAAAGACACAGAUGGUCCCAGUGCGUCGAAUGGACUAACAAGAAACUGGGGAUGGCGGUUGGUGCACUUUUCAUCCGGGACAACUUUAAUCACGAGAGCAAAGAAACAGCUUUAACCAUGAUUCACACAAUACGUGAGGCAUUUAAUGAACUUCUGGCCGAGAAUCACUGGAUGGACGACGAAACAAGGGCUGUCGCUAAGGAGAAAGCUGACGCGAUGAAUGAGAGAAUUGGUUAUCCUGCUCUCAUCACUAACAAAGAGGAGUUAGUUAAGGAAUACGCCAAUUUGAACAUCACGAGGAAGGAAUUCAUGACCAACGUGCUGAAUCUGUUGAGAUACGACGCUCAGCAGAACUUGCAAAAGUUGCGCCAGCCUGUCGAUAAAGAUAAAUGGUCGACUGAACCUGCUGUUGUCAACGCCUUUUACAAUCCCAACAAAAAUGAUAUAGUUUUUCCCGCUGGAAUCCUGCAGCCAUUAUUCUACAGUCAACACUUCCCUAAAUCCUUGAAUUACGGGGGAAUUGGUGUCGUCAUAGGUCACGAAAUCACUCACGGAUUUGACGACAAAGGAAGACAAUUCGACAAGGACGGGAACAUGAUGCACUGGUGGAACAACGCGACGAUUCGGGCCUUCAGGGAGAGAACCCAAUGCAUAAUUAACCAGUACUCCCGCUACAAAAUCGAUGAGGUGGGACUUUUCGUUAAUGGAAGGAUGACGCAGGGAGAGAAUAUCGCCGACAACGGAGGUUUAAAACAAUCCUUUAGGGCGUACCGUAAGUGGGUCAGUCAACACGGACCGGAACCAGAUUUGCCAGGUUUGAAUUUGACGCACGAUCAGUUGUUUUUCUUGAACUACGCGCAAAUUUGGUGCGGGUCCAUGAGACCGGAGGACGCUUUGACGAAGGUCAGGUCGAGCGUUCACUCUCCCGGACCCAUCCGCGUGUUGGGCCCGUUGUCCAACUCAAAGGACUUCGCCAACGCGUACAAUUGUCCGGAGGGUUCGCCCAUGAAUCCGAAGAACAAAUGCAGCGUGUGGUAAACGGAUGGGGGUUGAAGGUUUGGAGUUAAACUUUCGAUUAGAUACUAACAACUUUAAGGUUUUUCGAAGUAAUGGAGUUUUUAUACUGGUGUACUGUGAAAAUUCAAUGGAGAAGGGAUGGCGGAGAUUUUACGGGAGGCAACGUUUAAAUGGGAACACUUAGGGUCGCAAUACUUAAAUUACUAAGUACGUAAAGUAGGUUUGCGUUUAGUUGGGCAAGAAUUUGCACAAAUGACACUAUACUGAUUUAUUAUAAGGGGAGCAGUCUCUCUUUAGUAUUACUUUUAACACUUUUACAAUAUCUCUCCUACCCUUAAAAAAUAUAUAUAAAUAACUCCCAGCUUUUAGUGGGUUAGCAACAUUUAUCAUAGAUUUAGUGACGCAUUUUUGUUUAUUUUUUUGUUCACAUAACAGAAACUAGAGUGGUUUUACGUAUGCCAAUUCCUAAAAACUAAAUUAUGUAUAAUUAAACAAUGUAAUUAUUAGAUAAAUCUCUAUUGUCUUAAAUGUUACUUUUAACCAUUUGUAUAUACUGUCUAGAACACCGAUUAAUUAUAGUGUCCAUGUAAAUCUGUCAGUUUUACGUUACAAAUCCAUAAAGCACAAUUUAAUGAUAUAAUCAAGUACCUUACCUAUAUAAGUGUAAAUAACAUUAUAUAACAAUAAUCCACUAUACCUUGUACUUUAUAAUUAAGAGAAUGCAUUGGUAAUUCUGCAUCUAAUAAGUUGCAAUACAAAUCUUCAUUUAAAGUUUAAAAAUUAUAUAACUACGAAUUCAUUCUCUUAAAUUUAUUAGAGUGAAACUAUGCGUGACUUAAUUAAUAUAUACACGUAUUUAAUGUUACUGAACACGAGUUGAAUAACAAAAAUUGACAUAUCUUCUUAAUUAAUUAUAUAUCUGUACUAAACUGUGUUCUAUUAAUAUUGCAACUGUAUAUAAUGUAUGUUUUAUAUACCCGGAAAUAGGAAAUUCUCUCAUAAAAAUUUCUGGUAAAAUAUAAUCUCUGUAUGUGCUAUUCUAUAAAUCACGACGUUGUGUGUAUUUUCACAUUGCUACUUGGUGUGAUAUUUAUUAAUAAACAUACUUCCUAACCU